UCCAGAAUAUGCCCUCAGGACGGCAGCGCUAUGACCUUGAACCUGAACUCGUCCAGCUCUUCCCCCUCUGUAGACCCCAGUAUGUACCUGAACAACAGCUCCCCAGGGUUGAGGGUCUACGCCGACAACGCCAUCCUGGGCCUGGGCCUUGUGCUGGACAACGACUCCAUUACCAGGGACCUCACCAACCUGACCAGCCUGUCCAACGCCUCCCUCCUUGACCCCACGGUGACCUAUGACCCUCUGGGAGGUCACACCAUCUGGCAGGUCAUCCUGAUCGUGUUCCUCACCGGGUCUCUGUCUCUGGUCACCGUCGUAGGAAACAUCCUGGUGCUCAUCUCCUUCAAGGUGAACAAGCAGCUGAAGACGGUGAAUAACUACUAUCUCCUCAGUCUGGCCUUUGCUGACCUCAUCAUCGGUAUUUUAACUGUACUUACUGUUUUCAUACGUGCAUAGAUGAUGUAAUGUAUCUCAGCUGAUACUGAUAAUAUAUUGUACUAUGAUUUCCUACAGUGUCUCACAAAUGUGUAAUAUGUAUUAGUCAAUUACUGUAAUAUCUAAUGUGUAAUAUGUAUUAGUCAAUUACUGUAAUAU